AUAUCUCCUCUCAAUGGUUUAACACAAGCAAAGCAAUCAGACUGCCCCUCCAUACCCGACAUCAAAAUGAAGGACGCAGACAUCGUUGGCCAAUCGUUGGCUGAAGUCUUGCCUCAAACCAACAAAUACUGGUUUCAGCAGAAGCAUCUACUUCAAUUGAACCUCCUUCUACUUGUACCUCUACUCUCUUCUUCAGUCGCGGGUUAUGAUGGUAAGAGACCUUAUCUCCACUGCAAGUUUUUGCCUCAUCAGCUAACAGAACUUGANGGCUCGUUGAUGAAUGGUCUCCAAUCCCUUCCACAAUGGCGCGACUACUUUGGCAACCCAGUAGGGACCAAACUCGGAUUGGUGAAUGCGGCCCAAUCCAUUGGCUCAGUCGUCAUCCUGCCAGUCGUCGGUUGGGCAAGUGACCGCUGGGGCAGAAGACUAGUCCUUCUCGCUGGAAUAAUUGGUGUUGUAUUGGCAACAAUCAUCCAAGCUACCUCAACAACGUUGGCUCAGCUUGUGGUUUCUCGACUGAUAGUGGGCGCCGCGGGGAUGCUUGUCGUCCAACCAGCACCUAUGCUCAUCGCGGAGCUUGCUUACCCGACGCACCGAGGCAAGUACACCAGCGCUUUCUGGACCAUGUACUAUCUCGGAGCGAUUUUGGCCAGUUGGACUUGCUUUGGUUGCGAAAGUAUUCAGAGCAGCUGGGCCUGGCGUAUCCCCACCAUCAUGCAAGCAGCAUAUCCCUUGAUCCAAGCAGCCUUUUGGAUGUGGAUCCCUGAGUCUCCUCGAUGGUUGGUUGCACAGAAUCGCGCACCAGAAGCCAUGGCAAUCCUAGCCAAGUACCAUGCUGGAGGAGACCUCAAUAGCCCCUUGGUCGUCCGCGAGAUGAGCGAGAUUGUAGAAGCCAUCCGGACAGAAAAAGAGACCGAAACACCAGGCUGGGCAGCAUUGGUCGAGACUCCUGGAAACCGCAAAAGGCUAUUUAUCGCCGUCUUCUUGGGCGCUGCUGCUCAGUGGAAUGGUAUCGGCGUCGUCUCGUACUACCUUACGCUCGUACUUGACAGCGUUGGCAUCACGGAUUCAUUCACGCAGACUCUGAUAAACGGUUUACUUCAAAUAUUCAAUUUCGGAGCCGCCCUGUCUGCGGCCUUCCUUACCGAGAUUUUCCCUUACAGCUUGCGUAGCAAGGGACUGACCUGCGAACUCCUGUCGAUCUACAUAUCGCUCGUCAUCGCCGCCUUCACCAACCCAAUAGGCCUGGAGAAUCUUGGGUGGAAGUUCUACAUUGUCUUCUGUUGUUUCCUUGUCGUGAUCCUUGCGGUCACUUACUUCACAUUUCCCGAAACGAAGGGGUAUUCAUUGGAAGAAAUCGUGCAGAUCUUCGAUGGUCCACAGGUGGCAAGAGAUGUGGAGGAGAGCGAGAAGGAGGUCAAGAAAGGCUUCGAGGUUGAGGCCACAGAGAAAAUCGAGCGAGUCUGA